ACCAUUUUACCCAUUCUCCGAGAAAACAAACCAACAAAUAAAGAAAUAAAUUAAAUUAAAUUUAUUUAAACCCACACUACUCAUUCAUUUCUCAUUUUAUCUACUCUCCUCUGCUCUACUAUUCUAUCCGCUCCUCUUUCGUUAUCUUCUAAAACAGGAAUGGAGUCGGUCAACGCGGCUUUGAAGAACAGUUUGACUUCGCCGGAGAUAGGGUUUUGGGAUGACGUGUGUUUGUCGCCGGUUGUUAAGAACGGUGUCGUUUCGGAAGAUGAUUACGUCUUCGUCGACGACCUUCUGGACUUCUCCAAAGCGGAGCAGAUUGAAAAUGAGCAUGUGAAUGACGAUAAAGUUCAGAACGACGGCGUUUUGGUUUCGGAUGUUAAGCGCGAAAUUUUCGAGGCUCCUCCGGUGCCGGUGCAGGAGAACGAGCUCUCUGUUCCGGUGGAUGAAUUGGCGGAGUUGGAAUGGCUUUCAAAUUUCGUUGACGAUUCUACCCCUGGAUACUCUCUGACUCUCCCGCCGCCUCAAAAGCCGCCGGUCAAACUCGCCGGUCCACGAAAAACCGGCGUCCGAGUAAGGCCACUCAGUUACUCGACCACGUCAUCAUCAUCUUCCUCUCGUACUUUCGUUAUGUGCGGUGAUGUCACGCACUCAGCGGAGUCGUUGAUGAAGCCGCCGCUGAAGAAGCCGAAGACGCAGCACGGAGAGCGGCGGUGCAGUCAUUGUCUAGUGCAGAAGACGCCGCAGUGGAGAACCGGACCGCUCGGUGCGAAGACGCUGUGUAAUGCGUGUGGAGUGCGGUUCAAGUCGGGCCGGCUUUUGCCGGAGUAUAGACCGGCUGUUAGCCCGACGUUUUCGAGCGAAAAACACUCGAAUAGUCACCGGAAAGUGAUGGAGAUGAGGCGGAAGAAAGAGGGGGACGGUGUCGGUGGGUUUGGAAAGGCGGUUGAAACAUUUUGAAUUAGUUGGAUUAGGGUUUUAAUUUUUAAUUAGUCAUGUUAGUUUAGGGAUUAGAAUGUUGAGGGGAUUUGGUUAGGGUGAAGUUGACUGAUUAAGUUGAAUUAGUUUGAAAUGCGGUGCUUAAUUAGGAAUAUCUUUAGUUUGAUUUAAGUUCGUUUGUAAGCAUGGAUUUGAUUAGUGAUAGAGUUCAGUGAUUAAGGUUCUUAACUAGAGAUAAUCUGUACUCCUACUUUGCCCCU